GGCUCGAGCAGCACGGUUGUUGGCAAGCUCAAGACCAAGGCAGAGCAGCCCGUCGACGAAUGCGAGCCUGAGGAGAUCGUCGAGGCGCCAGCUGGCGAGCCUGAGGAGAUCGUCGAGGCGCCAGCUGAAGACGAGUUUGAGGAGAUCGUCGAGGCGCCAGCUGAAGGUGAGGUCGAGGAGAUCGUCGAGGCGCCAGCUGAAGGUGAGGUCGAGGAGAUCGUCGAGCCGCCAGCUGCAGAUGAGGGCGAGGAUGCGGCAGCGGUCGAGGGCGAGCAGCCCACCUCGGCGGAGUUCGAAGUGCCCUCGGACGAUCAGCUCAGCUGGGAGAAGAUCACGGUGAAGAUCAAGAGGAGGGAUUCCGAGCAGCUGGCGACGAUCGCCUACAAGUACCAGGCCAGCAAGGCCAAGUGGUUGCAGCUGGUCCAGGUGAGCGACCACAGCACGUCACACCUUCAGCAGCGCCUCGUCGGCUGGGCGCCCUCCGAGAUCAGUGACCUGAUCAUCGAGAAGAUCUUCGGUAAGGUCGCCGAGGCGAAGACCAUCGACAAACUAGCG